UAAAGAGCUGAUUACCGAAGAAAAAUACAGAAGAAGAAAAGCUGACGUAAUAUGCUCUGCGACAUAAACACCGUGCAUGUAGCACGUAGCACAGAUACUUUGUUGGCUCGUAUUGCUGGCUGCGAGAUUGAAACAUCAAUAUGACAAUGUGACAGCCAGGCCGGUGUCGGUGAACUUUCGGAGCAGGAGGGCAGGCGGAGGUUUCGGAGCUCGCGGUCGGCGGCAUUCGUUGUUCGGGAUGGAGACCUGGACCCCCAAUCCCCGAGCCAAGCCUUUCAUCCCCCGCCAACAAAGAAGCUGGUACCUCACCUGGAAGUACAAACUAACCAACAAGAGGACAAUUCGUCGGUUCUGUCAGGCUGGUGCUGUGCUGUUUCUGCUGAUAACUGUCAUAGUGAACAUUAAACUCAUCUUGGACACGAGACGAGUAGCUAAUGAAGAAGCAGCAGCUCAGGAAUAUGAAGACGCAAUACCCAACAUGGAGACACCACGCAGGGCCGCUAAUGGUCGCAAGGUGCUGGACAUUGAGGUGUACUCAAGCCGCUCCAAAGUCUACGUAGCAGUGGACGGCACCACGGUGUUGGAGGAUGACAUGCGGGAGCAGGGAAGAGGCAUCCACGUGAUUGUUCUCAACCAGGCGACUGGUCAUGUGAUGGCUAAGAGGAUAUUUGACACCUACUCUCCUCAUGAGGAUGAAGCCAUGAUCCUCUUCCUCAACAUGGUGACGCGGGGUCGAGUCCUCAUCUUCACCAUAAAGGAUGAGGGAACGUUCCACCUGAAGGAUGCUGCGAAGAACCUGCUGAAGAGUCUGGGAAGCCAGGUGUCCCUCAGCCUCAGCUGGAGGGAUAUGUGGACUCUGGUGGUGAAGAAAGGAGGUCAGGUGUAUGGAGAGAAACACUCCAAGUCUCCAGCUCUGUCCACCUGGGGGGACCCAGUGCUGCUGAAGACCGAGGUACAGCUCACCGCCUCUGAAGAGGCAGAGUGUCACUGGGCCGACACAGAGCUGAAUAGGAGGAGGAAGAUCUUCUGCAGCAAAGUGGAAGGAUACGGCAGCAUCUGCAGCUGCAAAGACCCGGCACCCAUUGAAUUCAACCCUGACCCUCUGCCUGUGAAUAAUGUCUUCAGUGUCCCAGUGGCCGUCAUAGCAGGGAACAGACCCAACUAUCUCUACAGGAUGCUGAGGUCACUUCUUUCAGCUCAUGGUGUCAACCCACAGAUGAUCACAGUCUUUAUUGAUGGAUAUUAUGAGGAGCCCAUGGACGUGGUAGAGCUGUUCGGUCUGAAAGGAGUUCAGCACACGCCUAUCAGCAUCAAGAAUGCCAGAGUGUCUCAGCACUACAAGGCCAGUCUGACUGCAACCUUCAACCUCCACCCAGAGGCAAACUUUGCCAUUGUCCUAGAAGAAGACUUGGAUAUCUCCAUCGACUUUUUCAGUUUUCUGAGUCAGACCAUCCACCUGCUGGAUGAGGAUGACAGCCUGUACUGUAUCUCAGCCUGGAACGAUCAGGGCUAUGAACACACCGCAGAGGACCCAGCCCUGCUCUACAGAGUGGAGAGUAUGCCCGGACUGGGCUGGGUGCUGAAGAAGAGCCUCUACAAGGACGAACUGGAGCCAAAGUGGCCAACACCUGAGAAGCUGUGGGACUGGGACAUGUGGAUGCGAAUGCCGGAGCAGAGGAAAGACCGAGAAUGUGUUAUACCCGACGUGUCGCGAUCUUACCACUUCGGCAUCAUCGGCCUCAAUAUGAAUGGCUAUUUUCACGAGGUCUAUUUCAAGAAACACAAGUUCAACACUGUUCCCAAUGUGCAACUGAGAAGCGUUGACAGCUUAAAGAAAGAUUCUUAUGAAGUGGAGAUCCAGAACCUGCUGAAGGAAGCGGAGGUGCUGGACCACACUAAGAAUCCGUGUGAGGACUCAUUUCUGCCAGACUCUGAGGGAAAGACCUAUGUCAUGUUUAUUAAGAUGGAGUCAGAGACGGACAUAUCCACCUGGACUGAACUCGCCAAGUGCCUCCAUGUCUGGGACCUGGAUGUUCGGGGAUACCACAGGGGCCUGUGGCGACUCUUCAGAAAAAGGAAUCAUGUCUUGGUGGUAGCUGUGCCUAUCUCUCCGUACUCGGUGAAGAAACCAGUCAGUGUUAUUCCCAUUCACUUAGAGCCUCCACCCAAAGAGGAGGGAGCAGUGGUGGAGCAGAUGUAGACUGGAUGUUACACUUAACCACACUUCAACCAGGCCUUGAGUCUUCUCUGUGUCCAGCAGUCCAGUCUGAGGCAGACAAACACUACAAACCUGACUCUUUCUCCAUGUUGAACUAGGGGACAGCUGGGAAUUGAAGUCCUAAUUUUCUUUCUCUUCCUUUUUUCAAUGAAAAAGGGAUUGACAAACUGCUCUGCGAAAUCUGUCCAACAGCCUGAGGAGGGCAUGAUGCUAAAUCCAGUGUCUGUUAAAUGUGACUCCACAACCAAAACAAUAUUUCAUUGUCAGCAGCUGUCUUUCUUUUUCCAUGACAACUACAGGAUGAUUUAGGGUCUGUUGAAUUUCAGUUCAAGCAGCAAACAACUGACGCUCACCACAGCCAGUUUCCAUGUAGGUUGUUUUCACUUUGACCACUUUGUGUACAUACGUUUUAACUUAUCUCUAUUUAUUUUACAUCUGCUAGUCAAAGAUCACUUUUGUGGUUUGUUUACAUUUUUUCAAAAGAUCCACUUUUAUCAAGAUAAACUCAUUUAUAAGAGCCUAACAGAUAAUGAGUAUACCCAUAUAAUGUAUAUACAUGCCUAUAUAUUUUUUGAUGAAAGACAAUAGGGGAUCAGUGUAUUUUUCAGGAUUGAGUUUGAGCGUUUUUGUUGCGGUUGUUUUUUUUUCUAUUGUUGACAGUUUGGGUCAGUUGAUUUGGAAAAACUCGAUGGUAGCUGAAAGAGAAAACAAAUAUAUUAAAUAUUUAGUAACAUACAGUUAGAAACGGCAAAAACACCAAUACUUUAUAUGUAUUCUGAUUUCCACUGAUAGAGGGAAAAAAGUACAAAGAGAAGAGACAUUUCCUGUUAAUUUUUUUUUUUUUUUUACAUCUUUGAUUGAAUUUUAACUCAAUGUAAUGUAAAACAAACAAAAAAAAACCUGCACCAGGAAAUUGUU